AUGCUCGGUGCCCGCGCCGCCGCGACUUGUGGCCGCGACUCUCUCGCUCGCCUCUCCCCUCUUCCUCCGGAGCCCACGCCAACAGUACGUCCGCCUGCCCGCCCCAAACCUGCCGCACACGGUCCUGACAACCUGCCGCACACAGUGUCCGAGAGCCUCAUCUUCAAGGGAAGGGGCGAUGUCACCGCCAUCGCGACGUCGUCCGAGAACCCGGACAUGAUCUUGACCGCCUCGCGCGACAAGACCAUCAUCAUGUGGUCGCUCACCCGUGACGACGCGUCGUUCGGCUACCCGAAGCGCAUCCUCCACGGCCACAACGGCUUCGUCUCGGACGUCGUCGUCUCGUCGGACGGCCAGUUUGCUCUGUCCGCCUCGUGGGACAAGACGCUCCGCCUCUGGGACCUCAACACGGGCCUCACCACCCGUCGGUUCGUCGGCCACACGUCGGACGUCCUCUCGGUCUCGUUCUCGGCGGACAACCGCCAGAUCGUCUCGGGUUCGCGCGACCGCACCAUCAAGCUGUGGAACACGCUCGGAGAAUGCAAAUUCAACAUCACCGAGGACGGCCACAGCGAGUGGGUGUCGUGCGUGCGCUUCUCGCCGAACCCGAUGAACCCCGUCAUCGUCUCGGCCGGCUGGGACAAGGUCGUCAAGGACGGCAUCACGAUGCUCUGGGACCUCAACGAGGGCAAGCACCUGUACUCGCUCGAGGCCGGCGACAACAUCAACGCCCUCGUCUUCUCGCCCAACCGCUACUGGCUCUGCGCCGCCACCGCGUCGUGCAUCAAGAUCUUCGACCUCGAGUCCAAGUCGAUCGUCGACGAGCUCCGCCCCGAGUUCGACCUCGGCGCCAAGGCCCGCGAGCCCGAGUGCACCUCGCUCGCCUGGUCGGCGUCCGGCGAGACGUUGUUCGCUGGUUACACCGACUCGGUCGUGCGCGUCUUCUCGGUCGUCUAAGCGGCGACGCCGUGUCGAGGAGAAGGUGGACGGACGUGUUCUCUGUGGAGCGCCCGGGUCGUGCAAUCACACACUGCUCGAGUCUCU